AUGUCACAACGCGACAAACCACAUUUGAAAACCUCUAUUAAUGAAAAUACAUCUCCGCUUCACAACUCUAGUGUGAUUACAAAAUUUCAUCCAAUUUUUCAUACCCUGAUAACGAUUACGCAACUUAUCCUAUCAACACUUUGUCUUUUAUAUAUCCCUCCAUCAAAACUUUUGGACGAUCCUGUAAAAUGUUUGAAUAUCACUACAAUUACCUUAUUUUUUGUGCAGUUAUUAACCGAAUCAACUAGGUGGUUAUUAUAUUUACAAGGAGAUGGGAUUGAAACAAAUCAAUCUGUAAAAGUUAUGUUUAAGAAUUUAAUAGAAAAUAAAGGCGAGCAUUUUGCUCAUGCGUUAUGGAUAACCUUAUUUGGUGCAUUCAUGUUUCAUUUAAUAGCCGUCGUUUUUGGUGCUCCUGCAAUUGA